UGUUCAGCCUGUCAAUGAAGUCCUGUGCAAAUAUUUUCUAAGACGAAUGAUGUGUUUAAAUAUAUUUAUGAUUAGCCCAGCUGCAGUUUUAAGUUUGCAGAACUGGGUGGAAAAAGAUGAGAAAAACAGGGCAUUUCCACUUCCUCUUGAAGUGGUAUAAAACAACCCUCUCAAACAUGUGCUCACUCUUUGCACAUGACUAAACAUUUGGUAGUCUGUAUUGUUGAACAUGCAGUGAGUUUAAGACGUGCCUUCUUCUGUUGUGGUAAAGAUUGUACUUGGACAUUUGUCAUCUGAAAACAAGUUGUCAGCUGACUGGGAGACUGUGCUACAAGCCAUGCUUUGUGAAGGUAGACUGCUGAGUAUGGCCUACGGUGAAUUGGAGGAGUUGGAUCCCCUCCCUCCUGAGAAGGCUCCUCAGAGGGCUUACAGGCUGCAGAGAGCAGCUGCUACCCUUCUGCCAGGCCCCAGCAGAAGCACUUUACUCGUUCACCACAACUCCCCAGAGCAGACAGACAGUACAGACAGCAGGGGUGCUUCAGUGGAGUUAUACAUUUCUCCGUUGCAGUCCUUGGAUCUCCAGAGAGCCUGGCCAGGCAGACAAAUCUCUCCAGGGAUAGAGAUCCCGGCCCAGACUCCCUCAGGUGGUGAUGCCCCAUUUUUGGUUCCCUCCUUCUGUCAGAGCAUCUGCCAAAACUAUAGCGACCUUCAUAUUGGAGGCGACCAGGUGCUGCCUCUCUUAGCCAACAAUGGCGAGCUGCGGGUCUGUACUGAUGCCCAGGCUGUUGGCCCUUUCCUCCAGUCCUGUGAUGUGCCCCCAGCUGUGGAGGAUUCUCUCCCAGGACAGGCAUCACAGGACAGGCCUCUGCAUCCGCUGAGGGGGGAUUUGAAUCGUUGGAGGCUGGGAAGUGGUCGUGAUCGGAGCUUUCUGCUCCAGGGGCGCGAAGGACCGUUCUCCAACUCCCUUCUGAAUCACUAUCUGGAGCAGAAGCUCUUGGACCUAUACCAGCAAUACAUGAUGGAGAACAUGGCCAGGGAAGGGGCGCCUGGUUCGGAUUCUGAAGCAGGCCCUAUUUGCCCUUUACUGGGCUCAGAACUGGUCCUGACCAGCCUGGACCAGAUCACUUUGCAGCUGAGCCGGGAAGGGAAUCUGGAGGCUGGCCUGGCCAAAGAUAUGGUCCUGAGCUGCCUGCUACGGGUGGCUGGUGACAUGCAGUCAAGUGAGAUCAGCACUCCUUGUCUGCAGAUUUCAAAUGAGGCAUCCAGGGAGCAGCUCACUGAGAAUAAAGAGGAGUAACCCCCCGUGUUGAGUGGAUGUUGAAAGCAAGUUCUGUAUGAGACUAGUUAAUUACCAGGAGAAUGGGCUCUAUUUAUGUAUUGUACUUUUGAUGUGCACCGUGCAAUGGGCUCAUGUGUAUGUGUUGUGUGUGUGUUGAGCUGUUGUUGUUAUUUUGUAAA